CUGUCAGUCAAACCCGGUUAUUCGUUUGUCGAGGUUGGAACAUGACGCAGAACACGACGGCUGUUAUUGCUGUUGUUGCUUCAGUAUCGGCAGUUGUUGCUAUUUCAGGUGUCGUAUUGGGACUGAUAUUCAGGCCUAAGAAGCCGAAAAGAACUCUUGUGGAUAGUGAUACGAAAAUUCCUUUACGAAUAGUGGAUAGAAGUGUAGGGUAUCUUUUUCUAAGCCCCAUAAAUUAGUUCAUCACUCAUGAUACAAUCCGCCUAAAACUAGGUCUCCCCACAGCUGACCAUGUUCUUGGAUUACCUGCUGGUAAUCAUGUAUACUUCAGUGCGAAAAUUGAUGGGAACAUGGUGGUUCGACCUUACACUCCGAUCACAUUAGACACCCAAAAAGGAUAUGUUGACUUUGUCAUAAAAGUGUAUAAAGGAAACGUUAAUCCUAAAUUUCCCAAAGGUGGAGUUAUGUCACAAUAUUUGGCUAGUCUCCCUAUCGAUGGAUUUAUUGAUGUUCGUGGUCCAUCUGGAAAAUUGGAAUACAAAGGGUGUGGUUUAUUCCAUAUAAAGCCGGAUCUACGUAGUUCACCUAAUCCUGUAAAAGUGAAACAUGUCAAUAUGAUUUGUGGCGGGUCUGGUAUAACACCAAUGUUCCAGCUAUUAUCUUACAUACUUCAGUCUAAAGAUGAUACAACACAAAUAGCCAUGGUCUUUGCCAAUGUGAGUGAAAAAGAUAUUAUACUACGUGAUGAACUAGAAAAUUUCAAAGAUAAAUAUCCAAAUCAUUUUCGUCUUUGGUAUACAUUGAAUGAAGCACCGGAACGUUGGGCAUACAGUACUGGUUAUGUGAAUGAACAAAUGUUACAAGAGCAUAUUUAUCCAGUGAAAGAUAAUGAUACAAUCACAUUAAUUUGUGGUCCACCAUCAUUUAUUGAAUUUGCUUGCCUUCCAUCACUUACUAAAUUAGAUUAUCCAAAAAAUAUGAUUCAUGUCUUUUAAGUAUUGGUUUGUUUAUUGUUAAUCUAUUUGAUUGAUUUUAAUUGGUUUUGUUGGUUCUAAUUUAUCUGUAACUUUUCAUUAGUUGUCAUGAUAACAUUAACUUAUUAUAUUGGGUUUUAUUUUGCAUGGGCAAGAUACUACUAUUAUCAUUUAUUUUCUUUAUCUAAUAAUAUCGAUUGUCAAAUGUUUUAAAUAAAUAUUUUAUGUCAGAAGGGGUUUGUGGAGAUUUUUUUAGAAAUUUUCACAGAUUGAAAUCAUGAGUUAGUUGAAGCUAGACCACCAUUGAAAACCCUUCUGAUAAUAAUCAUCUGCUCACUAGUGACUGACUUCAAGAGAUACUCCUGGAGUUCUAGUGGGAAGCCGUUACCAGUGGAGUAAAACCAGGUCUGUUGUGAGAUAUCAGCUCACUGAAGACAAUGGUAUAUGGUGGCGCAACUUCGUGGAUUGGUUGAAGUUAGACAUUAACACCAUUGGAUGCCGGCUCAGUGGUCUAAUGGUUAAGUGCUCGCGCGCGAAGCCAGUAGGUACUGGGUUCGAGCCCCGCGUGGUGCGGGUUCGUGGAUGCGCACUGCUGAGGAGUCCCGUACUAGGACGAAACGGCCGUCCAGUGCUUCCAGGUUUUCAAUGGUGGUCUAGCUUCAACUGACUCAUGAUUUCAAUCUGUGAAAAUACUUUAUGCUUAAGUUUUCUAAGUUUUUCCAAUUACUAUACAUAUCGAUGUAAUUAGAUGCAUAUUCCAUGAGAGGUCUGCUUCCAAUUGAUUCACAUCAAUACGGUUAAUUAUCUCCAAUGAGAUUGUCUAUUAAUAGUCAGAUGAUCGUUGAGGAUUCCAAGUUAAUAGAUUACUGAAAUAAAUGAUUGAGGCGAUUAUUUCGAUUACUUACUAUUGGCAGUAACAUCUGAACUGGAUCGAUUUCAGAAGGUAGAACUAUAGAACGACUAGUUGAUUCAAUUAGCUAAUACAUUAGUGUGUGGUUUUUAACGGAUAUUAUAUCUCUACUAUAUAGUAUUUGAACUGCCUGUAUAGGAAAUAUAUUCGACUGGACAUAAAAUUGUUUCACUUUAUGAGAUUACUGACAAUCAAUUAUUUUGACAGGAUUAUAUUUCCGUAUACUUCAUUUAUCCUAAAAAUUAAAUAUUUAAAGACGUCCUGAACGCUAGGUAAAGCUCUCUGAAUGAGCGUCAAGAUGCUUUGUCAGCUAGCGUCUUCAAGUAGACUGUUUCACUCUUUGUGAAAAUGACUUCCUGCCCACAUGGAGAAGCGAAAGUUCUAAAGUUAUUCGACCUAUACGAGCUAGGUCCUUUAUUUCUGGAAGAUGGUGACGGACCUCUGAUUAAGGAACUGAACGAGUCUGAUAGACUGGAUCGUUCCAUCACCCUUCGACAAGUUGUUUGUUGUUACUUACUUUUCGUUAUGCCUGUUACCCCUUGUUGAUCAUAGGCCAUCGAUCAAGAUUCUCUAACCAACUCUGUUUUGGGCAGUUCUUUCCAGUUACUAUUCAUUCUUUCCAUGUCUACUUCCGAUUCUCGACGCAGUGUGUUCUUUGGUCUUCUUUUCCGUUUUACUUCAGGAUUCCAAGUUAGCGCUUACCUCGUGAUGCAGUUUGGUGAUUUCCGCAAUACAUGUCUUAUCCAUUUCCAGUGAGUUUUACUAAUUUUCUCUUCAGGUGGGAGCUGGUUUGUUCUCUCCUACAGCAGGCUGUUGCUGAUUGUUUCCGGCCAACGGAAUUGAGUGUCUUGCUCAGACAACUGUUUAUAAAUAAUUGUACCUUUUUGGUAAUGGUUGUAGUAGUUUUCCAAGUUUCAGCUCCGUACAAUAGAACUGUUUUGACGUUCGUAUUGAAGAUUUCGACUUUGAUGUUGACUGACAGUUGUUUUGAGUUCCAUAUG